CCACUUCCUUCCCCUGCUCUCCUUGCAGUAGUCGAAGAAGACGACACCACCGUCACUCUCCAGUUUCUCCAACUCCAGCUCCUCCUCAGCUGUCACGACACCAUGACUACUGCUACCAGUGCCAUGACUUCUACUGUGCGAUCAGCAGCCAAUCCAGUGAAGCUGAUACGCAAGCACGCCGCCCCUGCUACGCUAAGAAUACGCUGCUCCGCCUCCAAUUCGCUCCUUAACUUGACAUCAGACGCCAGCCCCGCCUACUACCUGGCUCCUUGUCAUAAGGAGGUGGCGCCAACUACCGUCGCGAUGCCGGCGAGCAAGCCUGACCAGUCGACGCAAAGCUGCGGCGCGAGGCCGAGAUGGAAUUUGGUCCAGCGGAUGGCCGCCGCGGCGCUAGACACGAUCGAGGACGCGUUCGUGUCGAACGUGCUCGAGCGGCCGCGCCCUCUGCCGAAGACGGCGGACCCCGCCGUCCAGAUCGCUGGAAAUUUCGCCCCCGUCGACGAGCAGGCGCCGUGCCAUGACCUCCCUGUUGAAGGCCGCAUCCCGUCGUUCAUCAGCGGGGUGUACGUCCGCAACGGCGCCAAUCCUCUGUUUGAGCCUGUGGCGGGGCACCACUUCUUCGACGGCGACGGCAUGGUGCACGCCGUCCACCUCCGCAACGGCGCCGCCACCUACGCCUGCCGCUAUACCGAGACGGAGCGGCUCCGGCAGGAGCGCGCCAUCGGGAAGCCGGUCUUCCCCAAGGCGAUCGGCGAGCUCCAUGGUCACUCGGGCAUCGCGCGCCUGCUGCUCUUCUAUGCCCGCAGCCUCUUCGGCCUCGUGAACGGCAGCCGCGGGAUGGGCGUCGCCAACGCCGGCCUCGUGUACUUCAACGACCGCCUCCUCGCCAUGUCCGAGGACGACAUCCCCUACCACGUCCGCAUCACUCCCUCCGGCGACCUCGAGACUGUCGAACGGUACGACUUCGGCGGACAGCUCCGCUCCUCCAUGAUCGCGCACCCGAAGCUGGACCCGUUUUCGCGCGAGCUCUUCGCGCUCAGCUACGACGUCAUCCAGAAGCCUUACCUCAAGUAUUUCUACUUCUCCCCUGACGGCAAGAAGUCCCCGGACGUGGAGAUCCCCCUGGAACAGCCCACCAUGAUGCACGACUUCGCCAUCACCGAGAACUACGUUGUGGUCCCGGACCAGCAGGUGGUGUUCAAGCUGCAGGAGAUGAUCCGCGGCGGCUCCCCGGUCGUCUACGACCAGGCCAAGACCGCCCGCUUCGGCGUGCUGCCCAAGUACGCCGCCGACGCUUCGGAGAUGCGGUGGGUCGACGUGCCCGACUGCUUCUGCUUCCACCUGUGGAACGCGUGGGAGGAGCCGGCGACCGGCGAGGUGGUGGUGAUUGGAUCCUGCAUGACGCCGCCGGACUCCGUGUUCAACGAAUGCGAGGAGCGCCUCAACAGCGUCCUCUCCGAGAUCCGGCUCGACCUCAACACCGGCAAGUCCACGCGCCGCUCCAUUCUGUCCCCUGCCGAUCAACUCAACCUCGAAGCCGGAAUGGUGAACCGGAACAUGCUGGGGCGGAAGACUCGGUACGCCUACCUGGCCAUCGCCGAGCCAUGGCCCAAGGUCUCGGGGUUCGCCAAGGUCGACCUCUUCACCGGCGAGAUCAGCAAGUUCAUCUUCGGCGACAGCCGGUACGGCGGCGAGCCCUACUUCCUGCCGCGCGAUUCCAACUCGUUGAGGGAGGACGACGGCUACGUUCUCACCUUCAUGCACGACGAGAAGACGUCCGCGUCGGAGCUACUGAUCGUGAACGCCGUCGACAUGCGACUCGAGGCCUCAGUCAAGCUGCCGUCGCGCGUUCCCUAUGGCUUCCACGGGACCUUCGUCGGCUCAAAAGACUUGGAGUCACAGGCCUAGCAAAAGCCCCGUCCAUCGCAGGAGACUACACCUGAGGGAUGCCUGCAGAGCACCCCGGAGAGUCUCCUCCCUCGCUUCUUCUUCCUCCUAGUUCAUGUCGGUUCUGUAAAUUACAGGUAGUGGCAGUUAACACCGUGUGCGUGAGAGAGAGAGAGAGAGACCAGCUCGUAGCUUUUGGGGCUGUAGAUAGGCUUGCCGAGCUCAACUGGCCUUUGCGUCCCUCUCCUGUUCAUCCUACAGAUAGACAGCGACACCAAUUCCCCACACCAUCUCGCCUCCGUGAGGGGAUUUAUGUUUCCUCUGUUUUGUAUACUGUUCUGUAUGCGAGCUUAUACAUGUGUUGUUCUUGUACA